AUGAAGUUUCUCUGUCUCCAUGGGUACCAGCAGUCGGCUGUAAUUAUGCAGUCCGAAACGCGAUUCUUGAAGGACAUUUUUGAACAAACGAUUGGGGAAGAAGUAAUAUUCUUUUACCCGUCAGCUCCAUUUUCGUCAGUUCCAACAGCCUCGAAUGAACCAACAUAUGCUUGGUGGCCCAAUGAUCCUACUGCAGCGGAUAUCGAAACAUUUAGCUAUCUCUCGAAUAUCCUAGACAAAGAAGGUCCAUUUGACGGUGUCGUUGGUUUUUCUCAAGGCGGCAGCGUUGGUUCAUUGCUUGCCGCAUUCCUGGAAAGGCCAAGACACGUGCGUCCUUCGAACCUUACAACCUCCCAUGGCCCACUCCAGCUAGUCAUCUCAUACAGUGGUUAUCACGAAGACGAUGAGCGCUUGCAGAAAUAUUAUGCUCAGAAGAUCAAGACGCCAAUACUUCACUUUAUCAGUUCUACCGACCCGGUCAUGGCAGAAGAACGCUGCUUCCGCUUGGUAGAGAGAUGCGAAGACCCUGAUGAUAAAGUCAUUGUAUACACGGGCUCGGGCUUCCACCGAGUUCCUGCGACGAAGAUGACAGCACAAGCAUUGUCGCGAUUCCUGGCUGAAGUGUUAGAUAUCGAGGACGACUGUUGA